AUUAUUACACCGGCCAGGACAGAGCAGGAGAGACGGGAGCGCCGCUAUCUGUCAGACCUGACAAGUAAACCAAGUAGUUUCCACACGCUGGGUCGGACGACAGGAAACUUUAUAUGAAUUUAACCUGCCCUGGGAUUUAAGGAGUGUGCCCCCCCCCCUACUCCCCCUCCUCUCUUUAAGAAGGACUACAAAAGCUCAGGAAGCCAUGCUUAUAGACGUCGUCAUCUUGGGGUGAGCUUCCUUGUGGAGAGUCAGAGGCAUCAUGGCGGAACUGCCUAUUGCCCCGGGCCAGGUCUACAUCGAGGUGGACUAUGACUAUGAGUACAAGUCCAAGGACCGUGUCAUUGGCAUCCACCAGGGAGAAUGUUACAUGCUGGUGAAGAAAACCAACGAGGACUGGUGGCAGGUGAGGAAGGACGAGGGGACCAAAGCUUUCUAUGUACCUGCUCAGUAUGUCCGUGAAGUCCGCAAAGCCCUCAUGCCUCCCCCUAAACCCUUGCCUCACCCUCCUUCUUCCACUGGAAACACACCUCCGCAGAGUGGCAGUGCACUCUGGGUGAAGCCGACCAAUCUGGACCUUGGACCCCCCGAUCGGCCCCCUGAGAAUCUUCACAGACACGAGUCGAGCAAUCGGCGCUCACCCUCCGCACAAACUGCCUCUUCUGGGCACUUCAGUCCCCCCAGUCAGCGCAGGGACUGUAACAACCAGGCCGCCCUCAAAGGAGGAUCCCUACCCCGAAACCGAGCUAGAUCCCCAGAUAUGGUCAGAAGGCUGCUGGACGUGGACAGCACCCAACACUGUGACUCUGCAGGGGAAGAGAGACGCACCAACGACUCUGAGUCUGGAGACGAGCUGAGCAGCAGUUCCACUGAACAUCUCCAGACGGUAUCGUCUUCAGGCCACGGCCGCUCCGAGUCCCCCGUCUACACCAACCUCCAGGAGCUGAAGAUCACCCAGACCCACCAGCCCCCCGUCCCCUCAGGCUCCCCCAUCCACGCUCUGGGAGACUGGGAGACAUACAAGGACCAGAACGGCCGGCACUUCUACUACAACCGCUCGACCCAGGAGAGGACGUGGAAGCCGCCCCGAUCAAGAGACGCGAGCUUCGGGAGCUCCAGAGGAGAGGGCCACAGCACGGGAGAGAGUGCAGAGACUACUCCUCUCUCGCUCUCGCCGUCUUUCCUACCCUUCCUCUCGCUCUCCAUUGGUCGCCUCCACCCUCUGUCGUCGGAGGACACCUGCUUCAGCACCUACUCUAGCCAGUCAGACAGUCAGUACGGCUCCCCGCCGCGCGGCUGGUCGGAGGAGAUGGACGAGUACGGCCACACGCUGUACGUCAGCGACUAUACUAAUGAGAAGUGGUUGAAACACACUGACGAGCAGGGGAGACCCUAUUACUACAGCGCAGAUGGUUCAAGGUCAGAAUGGGAGCUUCCAAAGUACAACCACUCCCCUCCUCAGCCGUCUGGAGACACUCCAAAGAGUCGCAGUUUGGACAGGAGACAAGUGGAGCCCAUCGUCCUCACCAAGUGGAGACACAGCGCCUACGUUCAAGAUCCCAACGACAAGAGGCUGUUAAAAACCAGGCGUUUCCGCUCGGGCUCUACCCGCCUGCACCCGUACAAACACCAAGACGCUCCUCUGAGCCCCAUGCCCCCCUCGCCCGACUCUGACUCCUGCCCUUCAUCUCCCAAGACCCCCACCUCCCCGUCUGAAAAAUGUGGAGUUCUGAACGUGACAAAGAUCACUGAGCAGGGCAAGAAAGUACGGAAGAACUGGACCUCUUCCUGGACUGUGCUCCAAGGAUUCACGCUGCUGUUUGCCAAAGGCCAAGGAGGCGGGACCAGCUGGUUUGGAGGCGGCCAGUCCAAACCAGAGUUCACUGUGGACCUGAGGGGCGGCUCGGUGGAAUGGGCGUCAAAGGACAAAUCCAGCAAGAAGCACGUUCUAGAGGUGAAGACCCGGUAUGGCACAGAGCUCCUGAUCCAAUCAGAAAACGACGGCCUUGUCAACGACUGGUACCAAGCACUGCAGGACACCAUCAGCACCCAUGCCUGGGAGUCUGAUGAGGCCUUUGAAGAGGACAUGGCGGAGUUUUCUGGUGCGGAGAAAAAUGACAAGGAGAAGGAUCACAGAGACUCAAAGAAAGGCAGAGCCCUGAAGACCUCCACCAGCAUGGACGGCCCCGAUAACAAGAAGACCAGGCACAAGCUGAAGAAGUUCCUGACCCGCCGGCCGACCCUGCAGUCCGUCAGAGACAAGGGAUACAUCAAAGAUCAGGUGUUCGGCUGCAGUCUGUCCGAUUUGUGUCACAGGGAGAGCGUCACAGUGCCGAGCUUCGUCAGGAUGUGCAUCGACCACGUGGAGAACACCAGUCUGUGUGUGGACGGGCUGUACAGAGUUAGUGGGAACCUGGCUGUCAUCCAGAAACUACGCUUUGCCAUCAAUCACGAUGAGAAGGUGAACCUGUCAGACUCAAAGUGGGAGGACAUUCAUGUGACCACUGGAGCUUUGAAGAUGUACUUCAGGGAGCUGCCGGAGCCUCUCUUCACCUACGCCCUCUUCCAUGACUUUGUCAGCUCCAUCAAGCUCUCAGAAUACAAACAUCGAGUUCAGUCCAUCAAAGAUCUGGUGAGAGCGCUGCCCAAACCCAACCACGACACCAUGCAGACUCUCUUCAAACACCUCAGGAGGGUGAUCGACCACGGAGAGGAGAACCGUAUGACCACUCAGAGCGUAGCCAUCGUUUUCGGCCCCACGCUGCUGCGCCCUGAAACAGAAACCUUGAACAUGGCGGUCCACAUGGUCUACCAGAACCAGAUAGUGGAGCUGAUACUUCUGGAGUACGAGAACAUUUUCGGCAGGUAGAGAGACGCUGGAGGAUGAGCUUCUUUUGUUUUUUUUCAUCUCUCAAUGCAGAGCUCUUCCUAACCCAGCAUGGCCCUGCCUAAAAAAAAAAAAAAACACGCAGCCCAUCCUGGCUCGGCGUUGUCCGGCCCGGCCUGGCACGGUCCAGCCCGGCCCCGGGAGCUGCUGCUUCUUCUUCAUCAUCUCAAACCAUCCUGUGGUCACCGGCUUCUCCAAAUCGUGCAAACUCCGGACCAAAGCCACUCCCAAAAAACGUUUCGAACCAAAACAAAAGAUAGCGACCAAAAAAGUUUUAGACUUGUUGCACUUUUUUCAGUCAUCUCGUUUUUUUUUCUCCUGCAGCUGCGUUUGUGCCACUGUACUGCAAAACGGUGACGUCUUCCUGUCUCGACACUGGAUUUCUAAAAUAACUGAUUCUGAAACGAACUGAACAAGCUUCUAACUACUGCACAGACUGACUGAGACCAAAGGAGCUGCAGAGGAUUGAGCCUCCGCAGCCUUGAUUACAGAGGAGGCGUCAGUAUAGGCGAGGUGGAGGUGGAGCUGUAUAUACACUGUACUGGAUAUUUUAGAACGCACUGGGAAGAAAACAAACUGCUGUGCUUUGCUUUAGACGUUUAGACACUAAGAGAUGAAACACUUAGAACAAAGGACAAGAAGGGAGAUUUUUAAAUGCUUUAUUCUAGCCAUCCCUCUCUGAAUCUGCUUCUCUGUCCUGAACUUCUCCAGCCGGGGUCCUCCGAACACGUCUUAUUAAUCUGUGAUAUAUACUAAAGCACUCCACCUUCUGCAUUCGGCUUUAAGAACAAAUCAUCUCACAGCGCUGAGAACAUCAACUUGAUAAAACAAAGGUACUCAACUGUGUCCUUCCUUAACAUGUGGAUAUGACAUGUUCAGGCCUUCGAACAUGACUCCAUUGAUAAAUCUGUACAGUGUUUAUUUGUGUGCAUGUGUUUGGGGGCGAGGGGGGCGGACGGAUGGAUGACUGGAUUAAGUGACCAUGUAUUGUACAAAUAGUAAAUAUAGUGUUAUAAAUAUGAUAAAGAGGGAGAAAUCACUAUUUUGUGAGCUUUGUGGGACCAACAGAUGUGCGGAAUAAAGAGAUGAGCUGAAAGAUGUGGAGGUUUACCUGAGUGUCAGGUAAAUGGAAGAUUGUGAAUGUAACUGUUGGCUUUAACAAAACUGGAAUAAAGACCUCUGAUAAGAGACUUUCCAAAUGGA